CCCUAGUCUGUCAGCUGUCAUACCUAAAAUAAAGGGAACAAGAGUCAAGCGAGCGACUUCCUAAAAUUACGAUUUAUUAUUAAUCAUGGCGAGUUAUGUUGCUAGGAAGGGUCCUUUGGUAUUCUCCAAUCUAGGCAAGUGGGCCUACAAUCUGUCCGGAUUCAAUCAAUAUGGUCUGCACCGUGACGAUUGUCUCUAUGAAAACGAGGAUGUUAAAGAAGCAGUCCGCCGCCUUCCACGCAAAUUGUACGAUGAGCGCAACUAUCGCAUAAUUCGUGCCUUGCAUUUGUCCAUGACAAAAACCAUUUUGCCCAAGGAGCAGUGGACAAAAUACGAGGACGAUGUCAAGUACUUGGAGCCCUAUCUGAAGGAGGUUGAGAAGGAGCGCGAGGAGCGUGAGGAAUGGAACAAGAACCAUUAAAAUUCUUCUCAAUGUG